ACUAUUGACGCCCUGAAAGUAAUCAGAUAUUCACACAUAAAAUAAAUUCAAAUAAAAUCUGUAUAUUUUGUACGCUCACAAUGAACAUGAGGGGAAUGGCCAAGCGUUCUAUUUGGCUGCAAUGUCUUCGGGAAAAUGCCACCAAUAUGCGCCUGGAGCACGAGGAUCUGGGACGUCGCAUUGCUGUUUCUUUGGCCAGUUCCCAGAAAGCUCUAGUUGAUAUCGAAAACUUGAAUCAAGAGCUGUUAAAAAUGAAGGACACAAUCCAUAAUGCCAUUUCCAAUGUUAUGGGCUACGAAAAGAAGUGUUGUGAAUUGCUCCUGGAAAUUUUGAUUAAAAUAGUUGAGAACAACGACCUGGAUGCCGAACUAAAUCCCAAAAUGAUCUCCAAGGCGUUUCUCGACUUGGAUCCGAGUUCCGACGAGACAGAAGUUCUGAAUGACCGUAGUCUUGCAGCGUCUGAUUUUAAUCAGCAAUAUCCAAAAGAUGUGCCGGAUUCUAUUGAUAUAAACAUAACAGAAGACCAGUAACCAUUUUAAAUAGGAUCCAAGACCGCACCAAUUCGAUUACUAACGUCUUAAUUUAAUGCGUUGUCAAUUCCACCUCACACAUUUAAAAGGAAUAAUAAGGUGGUCAGGGCUACAAAUGUUUUAUAUUUUUUAUCGAUUCAAUUAAAUUUGCAUGGUGAAAUGAC